UCAGUUUUGUUUUGGUUUGGUUGUCGGUUUCUCGGUUCCGGUUGUUUGUACUUUGUAAAUAGAGAUCGAUGCCCGAUGGUUGUAGGAGGACUGGGCUAGUUAUCAUACUGGGUUAACUUGGUUUUUAUUUAUAAAUCAAAACAUGGGGAAAGGUGGGAUUUCAAGUGACGAAGAUUCUAAGCCCACCGUAGCGAAAACCCCAGUUGAACUUCAGAGGUUUAAACUUGAAAAACUGAUGAAAAAUCCUAAGCACCAGAGUUUGAUGUGCUCUUUUACUCAUUUAAAGGAUAAACCUGUAGUAAUCCCAGAAAGAGUGAAAGAAAAGAAAAUGCCUCAUGUGCCAGAGUUUGUGAGAAAUGUAAUGGGAUCAAGUGCAGGAGCUGGCAGUGGAGAAUUCCAUGUAUAUCGUCAUCUCAGGAGGAAGGAAUAUGCAAGACAAAAGUUUAUCCAAGAAAAAAGUGAAAAACAAUUACUUGAAGAAGCUUAUCACCAAAAACUUUUAGAUAAUAUGCAAGCCGCAGAAGAAAGAACUGCCAAGAAACGAGCCAAACGAUUGCGUAAAAAACAAAACUAUAAAAAGAACAAACUGCUCAAACCUAAAUUGAACAAUAGCGGUCAAUCCCAAACAGAAAGUGAAUCCGAGGAUAGGAGUGAAAGCGAAGCAGACAAAAACAGAGAGGAGGAAGAAGAAAAUACUGUGAGUAGAAAUGAAGACAUUAGUAAUACAGAAGAAUGCAAGCAACAAAAGAAUACAGAAAAUACAAAGAUUAGGAAUAAUUCUGAAGAAGACGAAAAUGUUGAAACUGGAAAUGGAUCAGGAGAGAUGUACUGCAAUGAAAAAAAGUGGAUGGUUAAGAAACAGCUGAAUCCAAACUAAAAGAAGCAGACUCGUAGAUUAAGAGAUUGACUUGGUAAAGAUGCAUGAUUACAACAGAUAUUUGCUUCUGUAAAUAUGUAAUAUAGUUUAAUUCUAAUGAAA